AUGUCAAUUGAUAAAGAUGAUCUUAAAAAUGCCGAUAAACUAUGGGAAGUUCGAGUCAAAAUUGCUGAUGGUAACGAGAAAAUAUUCGAAUUCGAUCUGAUUGUUAUUGUUAUUGGUCUUUUUUCAACUUCUUAUAUGCCGAUCAUACGCGGUCAGAAUAAAUUUCUCGAUUCAAUUAUUCACAUUUGUGACAUCAAAUCAUCUAAACAGCUAGAAAAUAAACAUGUUGUAGUACUUGAUGAAGGUAAAUCUGCCUUUGACCUAACCAUAACAGCUGGUACUUAUGCGAAAAUAUGCCAUAUAUUGUUUCGUCGUGCACAUUGGUUGAUUCUUAAUCAUCUUAUGGAUGGUCGCCUAUCCAGUCGAUAUUUAUUUUCACCUGUUUCGAGUACUGUUCUCGACCCGUAUCCAUAUGGACCACACGAUGCUCUAUUCCGUUUGACAAUUAAAUUUUUUGCCAAAGAAUUCAUUUAG